AUAGGCAUGGCGUGUCUACUGACACUCUGGAUAAUCACAUACUCUGUUUGUCAUGUCAGAAUGGGAGGAGUUCACUGAUGUUUGCAUCUCUGAUUGGACAUGUGGAGGUGGUGGACAAGUUAUUACAACAUGGAGCCACAGUAGACCUGCAAACAGAGGAUGGGUGGAGUUCACUGAUGUACGCAUCUCAGGAGGGACAUGUGGAGGUGGUUGACAAGUUAUUACAACAUGGAGCCACAGUAGACCUGCAAAAAGAGAAUGGGUGGAGUUCACUGAUGGCUGGAUCUCUGGGGGGACAUGUGGAGGUGGUUGACAAGUUAUUACUACAUGGAGCCACAGUAGACCUGCAAGAAGAGGAUGGGUGCAGUUCACUGAUGUACGCAUCUCAGGAGGGACAUGUGGAGGUGGUGGACAAGUUAUUACAACAUGGAGCCACAGUAGACCUGCAAAAAGAGAAUGGGUGGAGUUCACUGAUGGCUGGAUCUCUGGGGGGACAUGUGGAGGUGGUUGACAAGUUAUUACAACAUGGAGCCACAGUAGACCUGCAAGAAGAGGAUGGGUGCAGUUCACUGAUGUACGCAUCUCAGGAGGGACAUGUGGAGGUGGUGGACAAGUUAUUACAACAUGGAGCCACAGUAGACCUGCAAAAAGAGGAUGGGUGGAGUUCACUGAUGGCUGCAUCUCAGGAGGGACAUGUGGAGGUGGUGGACAAGUUAUUACAACAUGGAGCCACAGUAGACCUGCAAACAGAGGAUGGGUGGAGUUCACUGAUGGCUGCAUCUCAGGAGGGACAUGUGGAGGUGGUGGACAAGUUAUUACAACAUGGAGCCACAGUAGACCUGCAAAAAGAGGGUGGGUGGAGUUCACUGAUAGCUGCAUCUCAGUAUGGACAUGUGGAGGUGGUGGACAAGUUAUUACAACAUGGAGCCACAGUAGACCUGCAAAAAGAGGAUGGGUGCAGUUCACUGAUGGCUGCAUCUGAUGAGGGACAUGUGGAGGUGGUGGACAAGUUAUUACAACAUGGAGCCACAGUAGACCUGCAAGAAGAGGAUGGGUGGAGUUCACUGGUGGCUGCAUCUCAGGAGGGACAUGUGGAGGUGGUGGACAAGUUAUUACAACAUGGAGCCACAGUAGACCUGCAUGAUAAGGUGUGUAUUGUUUAUGGAUAAUAUAACACUGCAAGAAUGACUGAGUGAAUGUAAGUGAGCGCAUGAGAAAAUCUCUUUAUGUCCACCCAUGUGUUCAGAAUUUAGUGUAGCAUGCAAGACACAUGUAAUCAUGUGAAUAUAUCUCAAUCCAAAAACACUCCUGUGACUGCAGACAACCACAACUACAUGGUAUUGUAACUAGGGAUCAGAUUGGCUUAGUUUUCAAUUAAUGGUACAGACUCACCGGAACUGUUUUGUGCCGAAUUAAAUGUACUUAUGUUGUUACCUACUACCCUGUGCCUCUUGUGAGAAAGGGAGUAGUUCACUGAUGGCUGCAUCUCAGAAUGA